AUAAAAGUCCGCUUUUCAGUUCCCUAACCACCCUUAAGAUCCCAUCAGUUUAUUCGGGCUCAUCGGACCAAAUCAUUGACGUCCGAUCUUCCACGUCCAACACAAACCAUUGGAUCAAUCAUUUCUCCCUCCACAGUCCACACUCCUCUUGUAUAUAAAGCAGAGAGAUGACCUGCCUGUGCUCGCCACGCUCACGUUAGGUCUCUAUCAAAUUACAAAAUCUCUCUUCCGAUCUCCCCAUUGUUUAGUUAGCGGCGAAGAUGGUGAAGAACUAUCCGGCUGUGAGUGAAGAGUAUCUGAAGGCCACUGAGAAAUGUAAGAGGCAGCUGAGGGGCUUCAUUGCCGAGAAAAAUUGCGCUCCGCUCAUGCUUCGGCUUGCGUGGCACUCGGCUGGUACGUUUGAAAAGAACAGCAAGACUGGAGGUCCAUUUGGGACCAUGAGAUUCAAGGCUGAGCUAGGUCAUGCUGCCAAUAAUGGCAUUGACAUUGCUGUUAAGCUGCUGGAGCCCAUAAAAGAGAAAUUCCCAAUCCUAUCAUAUGCUGAUUUCUAUCAGUUGGCUGGUGGUGUUGCUGUUGAAAUAACGGGAGGACCUGAUGUUCCUUUCCAUCCCGGAAGGCAGGAUAAGGAGGAGCCUCCGCUGGAAGGCCGCUUGCCUGAUGCAACCAAAGGAUGUGACCACUUGAGGGACGUUUUUGUCAAACAAAUGGGCCUGAACGAUCAGGAUAUUGUAGCACUCUCUGGUGGCCACACUCUGGGAAGGUGCCACAAGGAGCGAUCAGGAUUUGAAGGAGCAUGGACUUCUAACCCUCUCAUAUUUGACAAUUCUUACUUUAAGGAGCUUCUGAGUGGAGAGAAAGAAGGGCUUUUGCAAUUGGCGUCAGACAAGGCACUUCUUUCUGACCCCGUUUUUCGUCCACUUGUCGACAAAUACGCUGUGGAUGAGGAUGCUUUCUUUGCUGAUUAUGCGGUGGCUCACAUGAAGCUCUCUGAGCUG